AUCAUCACACUUACACCUUCUGUUUCUUCAUACAGCUCUUGCCAAGCACCUGGUUGCCACCAAAACGUGCCACCCUUACCUUGGUUUCUGCUCCCAGCACUCAAGGGGAGUGGGGGCACACGCAGUGAGGUUGGAACAAGUCUCCAUUAUUUUCUUUUACGUCUUGAAGUUCAGUCCAGAGGCGAAACGGCGACUACAGCCGAAUUCCUCCCUUUCAUUUGCCUCCCCAUGGAUAUGCAUUGCAAGGCAGAUCCUUUCUCGGCUAUGCACCCAGGGCAUGGGGGUGUCAACCAGCUCGGGGGGGUAUUUGUGAAUGGAAGACCCCUGCCUGAUGUAGUAAGGCAAAGGAUAGUAGAACUGGCCCACCAAGGUGUGAGACCUUGUGACAUCUCGAGGCAGUUAAGGGUCAGCCAUGGCUGUGUUAGCAAGAUCCUGGGCAGGUAUUAUGAGACAGGAAGCAUUAAACCCGGAGUGAUUGGAGGAUCCAAGCCCAAAGUGGCCACCCCAAAAGUGGUAGAUAAAAUCGCAGAAUAUAAAAGGCAGAACCCUACCAUGUUCGCGUGGGAAAUCCGGGAUAGGCUGCUGGCUGAGGGCAUCUGUGACAAUGACACCGUACCCAGCGUGUCUUCAAUAAAUAGAAUUAUCCGAACAAAAGUACAGCAGCCAUUCCACCCAACACCAGAUGGAUCUGGAACGCCAGUAAGCGCACCAGGGCACACUAUCGUUCCCAGUACAGCAUCUCCUCCUGUCUCCAGCGCCUCCAAUGAUCCUGUAGGCUCUUAUUCCAUAAAUGGGAUUCUGGGUAUUCCUCGUUCAAAUGGCGAAAAGAGGAAACGCGAUGAAGAUGUAUCUGAUGGUUCUGGCCCAAAUGGAGAUUCCCAAAGCAGCGUGGAGAGUUUACGGAAACAUCUACGCGCCGACAAUUUCACCCAACAACAGCUGGAGGCAUUAGACCGAGUCUUUGAACGCCCUUCUUAUCCGGAUGUCUUCCAGACUGCAGAACACAUCAAAUCAGAACAGGCCAGUGAAUACUCCCUCCCUGCACUAACCCCUGGUUUGGACGAAGUCAAAUCUAGUCUAUCAACUUCUGGUAAUGCAGAACUUGGAAGCAACGUGUCAGGACCACAAACAUACCCUGUGGUAACUGGUCGGGAUAUGACAAGUACAACUCUACCAGGUUAUCCUCCUCACGUUCCCCCAACGGGACAAGGCAGCUACCCAACCUCAACCCUUGCUGGCAUGGUUCCUGGCACCAACGUUUCGGUCCACCAUUCGGUCCAACCUGUGGAGUGCUGUUCAUGUCUUUCCAGCUCUAAACCAUGUCUGUUUCACUGCAGGACUGGAAGUGGAAGUGAAUUUUCCGGAAAUCCCUACAGUCACCCUCAGUACACAACGUACAAUGAGGCUUGGAGGUUCAGCAAUCCAGCUUUACUAAUGCCACAUCCAGGGGCUCCGCACCUCCCACUGCUGCCACUGCCUAUGACCGUCACUAAUUACCAUGGAAACCAUAUGAAAGUACAGGGCGAAAACCUAGGCCUCCAUAUUGUACCUGUCUGAACUACUUCAUCUAUGCCUUUGAGAAGAAAUGUGUUUUAAUGUUUGCCUCCUGAAACCAGUCUGCUACUUCUACUGACCUUACUAAGAUACAAAGAGCUGACUGUCUGUACCACAAAGUCAAAGUUGCCAGUAGCACAAUGAAAAUCCUGCCAACUCAUUUGAUGUGACACCGCAUUGUUUCAUGGAAACAUAGUGACUAACUAUUAUUUAUAUUGCAGUUUGUGGGACCUUGCAACAGAAUAUUGUUAAAUGCAACAAUUUUCCUUUAUUACCUGCAGAAAAUUACAUUAAAAAGAAAAAAACGAAAUGCAAUGCAUUAAUACAUGUUUUAAUACUCCAAAGACAAGCAUGUGCUACAAACAAAACAACAGGAGAGACGGUUUUGUACUCAACAAAAGAGACAGAAAGGAACAUCAUUAAGAGACAUUUUCUUCUUGAAACAUGUGUAAGCUACUGAGAAAAGUCAGUGGUUAGAAGGUUUCUGACAGAAUAAUCGUGAAACAAUUAACAAAUGGAGGAUGGAAGUAAUUAAAAAAGUUUCAUUAAGGACUUUGCUCAAGACUUUAAGCAGCAUCCUCCCCCUCUCAGUUUGGAUGCCUUUCAUGCUCCAUUCAUUAUACUGGCAUGUCACAGUAUCUGAAGCAGACAUCAUUGUCAGUGAAAAUAGCACAAUCAGAAGACAGGAGGACAUUUUAAAGCCAAGUGACUAAAGUAAAAAAGAAAAAAAAAAACAACAAAACAACAAAAGGAAUAAUAAAAUAUAUGGAUAUAUAAAUAUAUAAAUAAAUAUACUCUGUUUUUAUGCUUUAUCAUGAAGGUCUGUACAAACACAUUAAAAUAGAUUUUUUUCUAAAAAAAAUGACAAUAAAAAUAGAAAGAUAUCCAUAGGAUCAUAUGAGGGCAGUUCAUGAAAUGUUGUAUCCCCUCUUACCCUUUUUUGUUUUGCACUAGUGUUUUGUGAUAUGAUUUAAGAGGACAACUCUGAGUCCAUGCAUCAAAUCAUUGUGAAUAUUUCACAUUGCAAAAGAAAGUUUAAAAAAAAAAAUGAAAAGGAGGCAAUGUCUUAGUUUUAAAAUAAAAUGGCACUUAAUGAGGCCCACAAUUCUGGUUUACAUUUUGCCUUUACAACAUAAAUUAUUAGGGUAGAAAAUCCAUUAAUCCUGCUAGGCCUCUUUUAAAAUAAAAAUAAAAAACAAACAUCAUCCAAUGUCACUAUA